GUUCGUAAGUAUAUUAUACUCGCAAAAUGAAAGUCCUGUGCUUGCUAUCGGUGCUCGUAUUAGCCGUAAACUCAUUGCCAGUCAAUGAGUUUAACGGUAAUAGCUGGGUGGUGCUAGUUGCCGGCUCAAACACCUGGGGCAACUAUAGACACCAGUCGGACAUCUACCACACCUACCAAAUCGUGAAGUCCCGGGGCAUUCCCGAUGAAAACAUCAUUGUCUUCCACUACGACGACAUCGCCAACAACAAGGCCAACCCCUUCCCGGGAAAGGUG